AUGCAGGCAAGUAACCCCGGUCAAUUCGAGUCGGAAGGGAGUGGCGUAGGCGGCGAGGGUGGUUGGCAAAGAGGAGCAGCACCGGACAGCGUUUAUCAUACUGGUCGUGUUGGAAUUAACACCGACAGGCCUGACGAAGCUCUGGUUGUUCAUGGCAAUAUGAAGGUGACUGGCCAUAUUGUCCAACCCAGUGACGCACGAGCGAAACAAAACGUACAGGAAGUGGACACGCGUGAACAAUUGCGAAACGUGCAACAGUUGAGAGUGGUACGUUACAGAUACGCGCCGGAAUUUGCGCAACAUUCUGGUUUGGGUAUCAAGCAGCAAGAAGACACGGGUGUCAUAGCGCAGGAAGUGCAGCAGAUACUACCGGAAGCUGUGCUGCCUGCUGGGGACAUUGUCCUACCAAAUGGCCAGAGAAUCGAAAACUUCCUGCUGGUGAAUAAGGAGAGGAUAUUCAUGGAGAAUGUCGGUGCUGUGAAAGAACUGUGUAAAGUGACGGAUAGCUUGGAAACUCGCAUAGAUCAGCUGGAGCGAAUAAACAAGCGGUUGGCGAAGCUGAAAAGGGGCGAUAGUCUAAAAAGUUCGAUUAGUACAAUCUCUAGUAUAUCAAGCAACAAAUACUCAUCCUCUAUCAAUAGCAAGGCCACUGUACAGGGAAAGGGGAAGAAAUGCGAGCGGGAGGACGAGCUCCUCUGCAGCAAUAACUUAGUGGCAAUGGCGACGUUGUAUUUCUUAGAAUAUCAGAAACGUAGUAGCCUCGAAUGGACCGCGGUAGCCAGCAAUGGAAUGUUGGCUAUCAGACCAGCUCAUCCUUCUGCAGCAUCGAGCACGCCUAAUUACGAUCCUCGGUACAACUCGUUGUUAGGCAGUACGUUAUCGUCCUCGUACACUAAACAUGGAUCCUAUAGCAGAGGCUUGGACAGCAGUUUGUCCGUGAGGGUCAACGCGUUCUCUACGCAAGCGCCUCAGACGAAGCAACAAGUUUACUCUCAAGAAAUUACUUGGUAUCCUAUCAGCCAUUCUGGGCCACAAUCAAAACUCGAGAAAAAUAGCGAAUUUCCUGGGAACUGGUUGGGUAAACAUGGCGCCGGUGCCAUUCCUAGUAACGUAGAUGAAAACGAUCAAGGAUCAGAGGUCGACUCGUCUCUGAACAAGGGUCCAAUUCCAUUGGGCAGACCGUCGAAUUGUCCCAAGCACUUCAGCGAAUUUGAAAAUCCUUGUCGGAUCACAUAGAACAACCAUUGAAUGUAUUCGAGGAGAAACGUAAAAUAAGCAAAAGCUUUCAAAACGGCAGGCUUCCAUCCGAUCCAAACACGCAGACACUUGUAAAAGAGGUAAAGGAGAACAAUUACAAAUAUCCGCCUAAAAGGACAAGAAGAGAAACCGGUAGUGGAGAUUGGGCGGAAGUCGCCAGUAACGCUGCAGGAUCAUUGCCACCAGAGCCGAAGCCACAAUUGUGGAUAGUAGCAGAAAGCUUCAAUACUUCGCUCGAUCAAAAGUAUUGCUCCGCGUCCUCGCAGGACACACCGAAUAAUAUAUCUUGUAUCAUUCCUCUGUCCAAAUACAUGCCAGACGUUCAACUUACGUUACAUUUCAUUGGGAUGCCCUGGUACGGUCAAGUAGUGCAACAGUGCUCCUCGCCGAUGAGUCCUGGCAUCGAUGAAUCCUUAACAUGCGGCCGGAGAUACACGAUACAACAGCAGGCUCGACUAAAGAUCGAUAUUGAAAGUAACAAUCAACGGGGAGAUCAGUCGUUCUCUCUCGACGUUGCUCAUUACCUUAGGAAAACGUUGAGGUUUCGCGUACCUACUGUACAGCCUCAAGAGGUAAUUAAUUCCAUUCUUUCAAGUUGAUAUAUUUUCUCUCACAAAUGUUGCAAUUCCAUUUUUCUUUUUCUUUUUUUUUGCAGAAUAUCUGUAAGAACAAACACGGUGUUGAUUACUCGGAGUACACGUUGUACUUUUAUCGUGACUGCGACGAAUGA